GACUUUCCAAAACGUGUAUCACAAACCACACACCCCCAUCAUUCAUAACGUGCAUCCCUCCACACUCAAUCCCCCCUCUUCCACCUGCAUCUCCACCACAUUCAACCGAACCUGAACAAUUCACACAACCGCCAUGGAUUUCUGGCAAAAAGCUCGCUCAUUCGCCGAAGAUGCCGCCAAAAAAUCACAAGAACUAACAAAAGAAGCCGCGAAACGAUCACAGGAGUUCACAAAAGAAGCCGCGAAGCGAUCACAGGACUUCACGAUCGGAUCUUCGAAGCUAUCGGAUAUUGUUUCUGAGGCCUCGAAACGCUCGAAGGAGAUCGCUGCUGAGGCGUCGAAGAAGGCCGAUUUGAUUAAGGUUGAGGCGUUGAAACGUGCGGAUCAGAUUAAGGCUCAGAUUCCGUCUACUUCGGUUGCGAUCUCGCAACUCGUUGUGGAUUCAUCGUCUUCUUCUUCUUCUGCGACAGUGUCUGGUGUUGGUGAUUCGGCUGAGGAUCUGGAGAAGUUUGGGAUUACGGAUGAGUUAAGAGAGUUUGUCAAGGAGAUUACGAUUAAUACGUUUCGAGAUUUUCCGUUAGAAGAUGACUCAGAAAUGUCUGAUAUUCCUACAAUCUCAAAUGUGCGGCAGGAUCUUACGAAGUGGCAAGAAACACAUGCUAAACUUGUUCUUUCAACUGUAAAGGAAAUCUCAAAGUUGAGGUACGAGUUAUGCCCACGUGUCAUGAGAGAAAGGAAAUUUUGGAGGAUUUAUUUUUUGUUAGUAAAUAACCACGUGACUCCUUAUGAAAAGCGUUACAAGGAAGAAGAGGAAAAUAAAAAAGUGGUUGAAAAGGUGAACGAGGACGCUACAGUGGGGUCCGCAGCUGAAAGUGUUUCUAAAACAGAAGCAAGUGAAGCAAAUCAGAAAACUAAAAGCACAAAUACAAAGACAACCGACCAGGAUUUGGAUGUUUUUCUAUUGGGAGAUCUUGGUGACAGUGACGAAGGACCAGAUGACGGAAAUGAUGAUGGCUUGGAUGAUGAUGAUGAUUUUGACAAACUAUAAUUCGAGAAAUAAAUCAAAAAGUGUAUUAUGGCUUGCAGAAGAUGAAUGCAUGAAGGCAAGUUACAGUUGGUGAACAGAUGUUAAACAUCAAUCGUUUUAGGUAAUUUUGUUUCUUGUUGAUUGUUUCAUUUGUUUAGGAUAUAUACACUUUCUCAUACCUUUUCUUUUUCUAUUUUUAUUGGUUUUUUUGUGAUGGAUUGGAUUGGGCUCAAUUUGACAACCCACAUUAUGUCAUUAAGUUUAGGUUUGGUAACCUGAAACACCUAAACAGAUGAUACGCGUUUAUAUUAAAAAUCAUAUUUUAGGGUGGCGGCGCAACUUGUUGCCCGACUACCUGCCAUUGCUUUGUAA